UUUAUAACAAUUUUCGGCUCCGCUUUUGGUUCGCAGUUUUUUAUUUCACUUUGUACUCUCUCUCACAGUAGUAGGUUUAGAGUAGAUAACACUCCCCAAACCAACCUGCAUUUCAACAACACCACCCCAAAAUCGCCUUCUCUCGGCUUCUCCCAGAUGGAUUCACGAGAAUCACCAGCACCGCCGCCACAACCACCGGGAAUGAUGGUCCCACAACCACCGCCCCCCAAUUCCUACACUCCCAACUUACCCAACAACACUUCGCCGAUGAUAAGUCCCAAUUCAAGUACAAUGAUCCAAAACCCUCGAUUCCCUUUCAAUUCCGUCGUCACAUCUGCGUCCAACUCGCCGUACGGCGACGGAUCGCAGCAGCAGUUGCCCCCGUUGAAGCCUGCCGGGUUCAGCAUUGAGCCGGCGAGGAAGAAGAGAGGCCGGCCGAGGAAGUACUCGCCUGAUGGUAACAUUGCUCUAGGGUUGGCUCCUGCUCCUACUCCUACUACCCAGGCUCCUGUUAAUCCUGUUUCUACUGUGGCUCACGGAGAUUCUGGCGUUGCCACCCCGUCAUCGGAUACUCCGGCGAAAAGGAGUAGAGGGAGACCACCUGGGACGGGCAAGAAACAAUUGAAUGCUUUAGGAUCAUCUGGAGUUGGUUUUACACCGCACGUGAUAUUGGUUAAAGCUGGCGAGGACAUAGCGUCGAAGAUCAUGGCUUUUUCACAACUAGGACCUCGUACUGUCUGUAUUCUUUCUGCAAAUGGUGCCAUCUCCAACGUCACCCUUCGCCAACCAGCAACGUCUGGUGGCAAUGUGACAUAUGAGGGUCGAUACGAGAUCAUCUCUUUAUCAGGUUCCUACUUGCUGACUGAAAGUAAUGGUAAUCGCAGCAGAACAGGUGGUCUGAGUGUGUCCUUGGCAGGGUCAGAUGGUCGAGUUUUGGGUGGUGGAGUUGCAGGAAUGCUAACAGCAGCAUCACCAGUACAGGUUAUUGUCGGUAGCUUCAUUGCGGAUGGAAAAAAACCAAAAUCGGCGCUUUCUUCUGCAUCACCACCCAAUAUGCUGAAUUACGGUACACCAGUGGCAGCAGCUAGUCCUCCCUCCCAAGGGGCCUCAAGUGAGUCAUCUGAUGAUAGCGGUAGCAGUCCCCUUAACCAGGGGGUGUCGGGGCUCUUCAAUAAUGCUAGCCAACCCAUUCACAAUAUGCCCAUGUAUUCAAACAUGGGCUGGGCAAACUCAACAGUGAAGAUGCUUCCUAAUUGACGGUACAUUUGUUUAGAUUAUUGGCUUAGUUGAUGCUUCGUGUGGAGUCUCAGGUUGAUUGCAAAGCUAACAUGCAAUUUCACAGCUCCUUGUUUCUCUUGAAGACCCCAGUCCCCUUAGCAUUUUCAUCGAGUAGGUUCACUUGUUCACUCCCUUAUGUCUAAACAUGGCUAAUUUGUUGAAAGUAGAGGGCAUGCUUUCUUCCCCAAUGCCUAUUUCUUAGGAUCUUUUGGUUUAUAUAAUGCUUGGGCGUUUUCUUUUUCCUGUUACGAGACCUGACAUUACUUGUAAACUUGCUUUAGGAAUUAUGAACUGUAUUGAAGCCUUAAGUAGAUUGGAGGAGUGGAUUUUCGUUACAA